CGGAUUCGCGAGUUCUAUGUCUGCAUCUGGACAAAUCUACGGUCUUUUGUCCGUCUUUCUGUUCCUCAGUUGUUGUUUGUUCAUGAUGCGAGGUGGGUGGGAGGGAGUAGGGUCAAUGCGGAUUACCGUCUGUCAGACACCUAUCCGGCACUUUUGGCCGUUCCUUGGGAAGUCUCCGACGAGUUGUUAACUGCUUGUGCACCGCAUCGGAGCCGUGGUCGUGUCCCAGUACUUAGCUGGUUACAUCCAGAGAGCAAAGCCAGCUUGACACGCGCAAGUCAGCCGCAAGUUGGCGUGCAAGGACGCCGGAGUGCCGCAGAUGAGGAACUAGUGCGUCAGAUACGCGCAGCCAACGCCAAUGCGAAUAGUCUAUUGAUUUUUGAUGCCCGACCUCACGCCAAUGCAGUGGCAAACAAGGGUCGAGGUGGUGGCGUUGAGAACCCCACAUACUACGAGAAUGUGCAAUACAUGUUCCUCAAUAUACAGAACAUCCAUGCAAUGCGCGCCGCACUGACCAAGGUGUUCGAGGCCUGUUUUCCACGCCCCGAGGACGGACGGUGGUUGAAAGCGUUGGCCGAUUCCAAAUGGCUGUAUCACAUCAAACAGAUCAUUUUUAAUCAUAAAACUUCCGUUCUCGUGCAUUGCUCUGAUGGCUGGGAUCGAACGGCGCAAGUGACAUCGUUGGCAAUGCUUAUGCUCGACCCGUUCUAUCGUACACUUCGCGGUUUCGAAGUCCUCAUCGAGAAAGAAUGGUGCUCGUUCGGUCACAAGUUUGCUCAACGAACUGGCGGUCCGGCUGACGGUGUGGGUCGACCAUCUAAUCCGGAUGAGCGUUCACCGGUAUUCUUGCAGUUCAUCGACUGUGUGUGGCAAAUGAUGCAACAGUUCCCACAUUCGUUCGAGUUCAACGAGCGUUUUCUCAUCACCAUAAUGGACGAGCUGUACGCAGCCCGUUUCGGCACGUUUCUGUUCAAUUCGGAAAUGCAAGCGCGCGAUCACGGCGUCCGUGAACGUACCGUCUCCCUGUGGUCCCACAUUGCACUGGACUACAAGAGCUAUGUGAAUCCACUCUAUACACCGGCCGAAGUUAGCGGGCAUCGAGUGAUCUUUCCGCAACACUCCUUGGCUCAGCUACAAUUCUGGACGGGCUAUUAUAUCCGUUGGCAUCCGAUCAUGCGACUACAAGAACCAGUAGCACGCCGGGAUCGAGCGCUCGUUGAUGUGAUGAAACGAUUUCGCGGUGAUAGUAGGGUUUUGACCUCGAACCUUGAUGCCCAAAACACUCCGGUAAUAGCAAAUUAA